AUGGAGGCUUAGUAUAUAUAUUCAGGAAUAGUUUAAUGCAAGCAAUGCAAUACUGUGAUAACAAAUUUUAUGUAUAAGUUCUUAUCAGACUAACUCUUUCUUAAGAAAAAAGAUAUCAAGUACAUCUUUGAAGAAAAGUAAAGGAGUGAAUUGAAUAAUCUAGGUGAUAAACUUGAAAUGGAUCAAACAGGGAUAUUGAAGUAGAUUUUAAAGAAAGAUAAAUAUUUAGUAUUUACGAAGAGAAAUACAAAUAUUUAAAAUUUGACUGAUAUUGAUCCAGUUCAAAAUAAAAAAGACAAACCUAGAUUGAUUAUGCAAGAUCUUUUUGUUGGAAAACUGUUUUGCUUUAACUGUAAAAUUGCUAUUGCUAGAUAAUUUCUGAGUAAAGAUGAUAAAAAAUACCUAUAAAUAAUCUCGCAUAUUAUACUUAAAAAGAAAAAAGUUAAGCUUAUUGAUUAAAUUGAAUAUAAUGGAUAAAGUAAGAAAUAAUAAGAAGAAGCUCUGCAUUAAUAGUAGAGGUUAGAGUAAAUAAAGUAAAAGUAGGGAAUACAGGAAGCAACUAAUGUUAUAAUUGUUGAAAAACUUGGCAAUCAAAUGAGGAAACUUAAAAACGAACUUGACUAUCAAAAUAAAGAUUUAAUAGAAUGA